AUGUCUUCUUCGCAAUCAGAAACGGCGACCCUCUUGCCGUCGGACGAGGUCUUCUCGCGGCACCUCGACUGGACCGACCAGGACAGACCUGUCAGAAACGAAGAAUUCCUCAAGAAUGUCAAGUACCACAAGGUGGCGCUUGGACUGUCUCUCCCUGUCACACUGGGUCUGGAGAUAUGGCAUCUCAUCCUGUCAUUGAAAGAGCUGACCGGACUUAAAACCGUGAACCAGGCCGCCAAAGCUGCGAUAAUUGGUCAAGCUGGGAUCGAUGGUAUCGGAACAGCGGCUAUUGCUUGUUUGACGCUUUUAUACGUCGUGACUCUCUUCCGAAACAUAACCAUUCCUCGUACCCUUAGCCUCACUCCCAAGAUGGAGCACGCUACUCUCCACCGAGCUCUCUGCCAGCUUGGGUCUCUAUCCACCUUACUCCUGAUCGGCCUCCAUGCCAUGCCCAGCAUCGCAUACACCAUAAUCACCCACCUCUCUCCUCCCAGCCUCUCAGCGGCCCAUGCCACUUCGAUCCGGCAUCUCCGUACCGUGGCACUUGUAGCCACUCUCUUUGCUGUAGGGCUCAUGCGCAGAGGACCGAAGCUGUACUCUCCUCCACCGCGCUUGGGUACGGGCUUCGGUCUUAACAACGAAAAGGAGGACAACGUUCGAGGAGAAGAAAGUCCGAGAGUGGUCAUCAAGUUGACACCGGCGGCGGAGGAGGCUGACCCCCUCUUGUCCGCGGUGACUAUCGAUCAGCAAGAGCAAGCUCUUCCUUCUGAGCCUUCCAGCAACGUCUUUGACUAUGACAACUCGGCUAUGCUUGUCUUCGCUGUAAUCGGAUACAUGGCGCCCCUUGCAAUCCGCUCGGCAUAUGUAGAUAGCUUACAGCAAUCUGAUCUCCCACUGCUCGACGAUCGUACACGGAACAGCGGCAUCGACAGUUCAAUCUUCAGCGCCGAUAACAUAAGAAAGUCAUCCAUCCCAGCAAGCAAAGUCGGCAGCUGGCAGUUGGUCAAGACCCUGUGGGCGGGCAGAGGCUUGACUGUGAUGGUGUCUUUCAUCCUGGAAACAACAAGGAAUAUCAUCAGCUUCGUUCAGAUUGCGGCCAUGCACGAGAUCAUCCUGUCAUUCAACGAGCCGUCCGGGUCGGACAAGAGCUAUGCGUAUCUCAUGUGCUGGGGAUUGUUCUUUGGGCAAACUGUCAAUGGCGAGUCUGGUGUGGAUGAACCCUGGACGAGACUGACUAUUACUGCAGUUCUACUAUCUGCAUACUGCUCCGUGAGAGAGAAUUACAUGCUCCAUACACCGGUGCGGAUGUCUAUCAGCACAAUGUUUCUUGCAAAGAUCCUCAGGACGACCGAUGCCAAAGCUCUCGAAGCUCACAACGUCGUCGCCGACAAUCAGAAGAAAGACAAUAGAGGUCGAGGACAGGCGAUGAACUUGCUCACUAUUGAUGCUAAGACUGUCGCUUCGUUGGCUACUCAUUCGUGGGCUUUAACGAAUGGAAUGACCACAUUGAUCAUCGGCACGGCUAUGCUCUACAAGAUGCUCGGUGUCAGUGCUUUUGUGGGUAUCGCAUGUGUUCCUCUGUCGGCCCCAUUUUCAUGGCCGGUUGCCAGAUGGAUCUACACAUGUGAUAAAGAAUGGAUGCGAUCCCGAGAUGCACGAACCGGCGCCCUCAAGGAGUUUCUUCUCGGUAUCAAAGUCAUCAAACUGAAUGCUUGGGAGCCCUACUUUGCUGCUCGUAUUGCCAAAUUCCGUGCCGAUGAAGUCAAGUGGCAGAGGUGGAUGUUUACUCUCACUACUGUCAUGAAAGUCCUGGCGGACCAGCUUCCGCUUUGCAUCUCUCUUAUUACCUUCUGGUUCUAUACGAAAAUCAUGGGAAACCCUUUGAAUGCUGCUACAGCUUUCGUCUCCUUGAGCGUCUUUGGACGUGUGAAAGAUGGUCUUCAAUCAUUCCCUCAAGUCAUUCAAAACAUCCUCACAUGUCGAGUAUGUCUCGAGCGUCUUUCGCGUUACCUCAGUCAGCCCGAAAUCGACACCGACAAGUGGGAGCAUACCUCUCGCCGUAUCUCGGCCGAUAGCGCCACUAUUACAUGGCCGGCUGCUGAGGAUAUCAAGGUCAAGGAGAGUGGGAGGUUCAAGCUGAGAGAUGUGGAUUUGAAUGUGCCGGAAGGGAAGUUGACUGUCUUAUGUGGUCCUCUGGGUGCUGGCAAGACGCUUUUGCUGAGAGCGUUCUUGGGCGAAGCGAAAGUAGAAAAUGGUACCGUCUUCGCACCUCGCUCCCUUCCCGACGCCACUCCAGUACUCUCCGAGGAUGAGACUUCCUGCAUCCAAUGGACUACCGAAAUGUGGCUCAACGACUCUGUUGCGUAUGCUCCCCAGCAAAGCUUCAUCCGACAUGGUACUAUCCGAGACAACAUUCUUUUCGGUCAGCCUAUGUGGGAAGAGAGGUAUAGGGAGGCUUUGAGACAGGCGGCGUUAUCGGCGGAUCUUGAAAUGUUUGAUGAUGGCGACUUGACUGAGGUCGGCGAAAAUGGCGUCACCCUGAGUGGCGGCCAGAAAGCCCGAGUCAAUCUCGCUCGCUGUCUCUAUUCUCGGGCAUCUACGGUAUAUCUCGACGAUAUCCUCUCUGCUGUCGACGCACACACAGCACAAAACAUCUUCGCCGAAUGUCUUCAAGGUGGUCUACUCGAGACUCGUACUACUGUUCUCGUCACCCACCACGUCCGACUCGUCCUCCCGGCCGCCUCAUUCAUCAUCGCCCUCACCAAAGACGGCAAGGUCGAGCAGGCUUGCCCAACUUCAGAUGCGAAGCUUGGAGCGUUAGCGCUGGAGAAUGAGCCACCCUUAUCAGAAUUGGGAGUGGCUCGAGAAGGCCCUCGAGAUUUGCCUGGGGGUAGACCCCUCGUCUCCCAGAUAGAGAAGAAGGAUCGGGCGCGAGAUGUCUCCUCGGCCAUCCCUCGAGCCUCUCGUCAAGUCUACGCAGAAGAACACCGAGAGAUCGGCCGUGUUUCUCGAAAUCACUAUCUCCUCAUCUUCCAAGCCGCCGGUGGCAAACUAUACUGGGCUCUGCUUCUGCUCAUCUUCGGUGGUCAGAGGGCCUUGACCUUGUCCAAGAACUUCUGGCUCGCGCACUGGUCUUCCGAUCCUGACCCCGAGCACCUCGACUACAAUCUCGGAGUCUUCGCCAUCAUCAUCGUCCUCGUUUUGUCCGUCGGCGCUUUGAGAUGGGUAUGGUUGUAUGGGGUCAGGAAUGUUGGGUUCUACUCGAGAGGUAGUAGGCUCAUUCAUGACGUUGUCAUGACCCGGCUGUUCACGGCGCCCUUGCAAUUCUUUGAGACUACGCCGCAAGGGAGAAUUCUGAACGUGCUUGGGCAGGAUAUCCGGAGGCUGGACUGCAAUGCAGCCGACGACUUUGGCCGUCUUGGGAUAGCUACUGCCGCAGGCGUUGUCUUUUACAAAGCUCCUGCUGUUACUUUUGUAGCUCUCCUAUUUGGUUUACCUCUAUUCUGGAUCAGCGGGCAUAUCAACAAAAUGCGAUCCGACAUUCGACGCCUCACCGCCACAGCCUCCUCCCCUCUCUUCUCCCUUUACAAUGAAGCCAUCGAUGGCGUCGUCAUGACUCGGGCAUUUGGGCAGAGCCAACUACUCAAGGUGACUAUGCAAAUCCUGAAUAAUAGGGAGAGAGCAGCACAACUGGCAGCUUGGGUCGCUUAUCAAUGGGUUACCGCUGUUGUAAAGUCAUUGUCGAGUAUUGUCAUCACGGCUACGGGAUUUUUGCUGGUGGGACAAAACAUCUCACCCUCUCAAGCUGGUCUGAUACUGGGCUUUGCGUUGCGCGUUUCUUCUGGGCUAUUCAGUCUCAUGGAACGCUACUCCCUGUUGGAACAAACAUUUGUCAGCGCCGAAAGAGUCAACUACUACAUCAACAUGCCUGAUCACGAAUCUGAGGAAGGCAUCUUGCCGCCAAAUGGAUGGCCUGCAAGCGGCAAGGUUGAGGUACAAGAUCUCAGCGUGCGAUACGCGCCCGACCUGCCCAAAGUCUUAAACAAGGUCUCGUUCACCAUCGAACCCGGUCAUCGUGUGGGUCUUGUAGGAGCGACUGGCUCGGGAAAGUCUGCACUGGCUUUGGCAUUGAUGCGAGCCAUCGGCGAUCAAGAGGGCCGAAUGUUGAUCGAUGGAAUUGAUACGAACACUGUCAUGUUGCCCGAGCUGAGAAGAAGACUGAACAUAAUCUCUCAAGAUGGUACACUCUGUUCCGGAAGCCUGCGAGAGUCCUUGGACGUGACUGGUCUACGAACUGAUUCCGACAUUUACGAGGCUCUUUGCAAAGUCCAUCUCAUCUCCAGAGAUAUGUCCGAAGAGGACAGGAGGGAGAACCCGUUUGCUGACCUCAACACCUACGUUGCCAUUGAAGGAGGUAAUUUCAGUCAAGGUCAACGUCAAUUACUAUGUCUUGCCAGGGCGUUAUUAAAGGACUCAAAAAUACUGAUUAUGGAUGAAGCAACAUCCUCGGUCGACUUUGCAACCGAUGCCAAAAUAACGGCCACCAUCAAAGAAUAUUUUGCCGGUACUACUAUGCUCGUCAUUGCUCAUCGCCUUGCAACGAUAAUGGAUUUUGACCGAAUCCUCGUCCUUGACAGGGGUGAAGUUAUUGAAGAGGGCAAGCCAGGACAUCUCAUUCGCAAUCAUACGACUGAAUUCCAUGCGCUUUGUAUGGCUCAAGGGAACGAGGAGUAUUGCUCACUGCUGGCCAUGGUGGACGGAACAGAGUUCAAGUAG